AUGCUGCUGAGCGGCGAGGGUGCCAAGGUGAUUGAGGCCUUGCCAGCAGUCAGGCAGGAGGACAUGAUCCUGAACUCCAUCAUCGCCCUGGCCGGCAUCGCCCUCUUUGGAUACAUGUCCUAUCAGUUCUGGACUCGCAUCGCCUUCGGAAAGGCCUUCGGCACCGCCGAUCCUGUGAUCAUCCAGAAGCCCGAGCAGGUCUUCAAGGAGUUGCAAGAUCAGAGCCAGGGGGAAGAGGGGGAGCAGAGGCCGAAUUCGAGCUCGCCGAAGCGCCGAGCGGUGGGCAUCGAGGGGAAGGUCUCCAUCGGAUUAGAUGCCGACACAAACCGCGGGCGCAAGGUGCUCGGCCUGGAUGCCCUGAUCUUUGCCUAUUUAAUGUUUGCCGCUGCCCUCUGCAUGCUCGUGUUCGGGGCAGUGGCCGCAUACUACCCUCUGCUAAGUGGCCAAGUUCAGAUGGCUGAGAGGUAG